CACGGGAGAGAGACCUUAUGAAUGUCACGAAUGUGGAAAAGGCUUCCGAAACAGCUCAGCGCUUACCAAACACCAGAGAAUCCACACUGUUUUAGGUCCUCCUUCAGCCAACACGAGCGGACGCACACAGGUGAGAAGCCCUACACGUGCAGUCAGUGCGGGAAGGCCUUCCGGCAGAGCAUCCACCUCACCCAGCACCUGCGAAUCCACACCGGGGAGAAGCCCUACCAGUGUGGAGAAUGUGGCAAGGCCUUCAGCCACAGCUCAUCCCUGACCAAACACCAGCGGAUCCACACGGGGGAGAAGCCCUAUGAGUGCCAGGCAUGUGGAAAAGCCUUCACCCAGAUCACACCACUGAUUCAGCAUCAGAGGACACACACAGGCGAGCGGCCCUACGAGUGCAGCGAGUGCGGGAAGGCCUUCAGCCAGAGCACACUCCUGACCGAGCAUCGGAGGAUCCACACAGGAGAGAAGCCCUACGGGUGCAACGAGUGUGGGAAAACCUUCAGUCACAGCUCAUCGCUUAGCCAGCACGAGCGGACGCACACGGGUGAGAAGCCCUACUCAUGCAGUCAGUGCGGGAAGGCCUUCCGGCAGAGCACACACCUCACUCAGCACCAGAGAAUCCACACUGGGGAGAAGCCCUAUGAGUGUAGCGAGUGCGGGAAGGCCUUCAGCCACAGCUCGUCCCUGACCAAACACCAGCGGAUCCACACCGGGGAGAAGCCCUACGAGUGUAACGAGUGUGGCAGAGCCUUCAGCCAGCUUGCUCCACUCAUUCAACACCAGAGGAUCCACACGGGAGAGAAGCCCUAUGAGUGUAACGAGUGUGGCAGGGCCUUCAGCCAGAGCUCCCUCCUCAUAGAACACCAGAGGAUUCACACCAAGGAGAAACCCUAUGGGUGCAAUGAAUGUGGAAAAUCCUUCAGCCACAGCUCAUCGCUCAGCCAGCACGAGAGGACGCACACUGGGGAAAAGCCCUACGAGUGCCAGGAUUGCGGAAAAUCCUUCCGGCAGAGCACCCACCUCACUCAGCACCGGAGAAUCCACACAGGAGAGAAGCCAUACGAGUGCAGGGACUGUGGGAAAGCCUUCACACACAGCUCCUCCCUUACCAAGCACCAGAGAACUCAUGCUGGGUAGACCCACUCCACAUGUUCUGGG